GCUGCCAUCUGGGUGAAUACCAACACGAACUAAUACGGUUUCAUUUUCUUAUGGGAGUUUCCCUCCUUGUCCUGCCUGGUCCUUAAUAUAGUCCUUGGAAUACAGAAAAUGAAUGGGAGACAGAUCUACUUUUUUAUUUCAUGAUGAAUUUUUUAGCAAUCAUUAAUAAUCAAGCCAUUGAAAGCUAUUUUUAUUUUCUUACGUGGUCAUGUGCUAUUUUUUAUUCUGCAUAUGAGCUUUAUUUAUCCCACAAUUAUUUUGAUGACUAUUAUGAUGCGUACAAUGAUUUUGACGUAGGAUGGUCUUGGAUUGGAAGAAAGCGAGAUGUAUCUGAUCAAGAAUGGCGUGUAUGGCUUACAUUAGUAAACAAAUUAAUACCAUGCAUUUUUAUACAUUAUUUAGUCAGUCAGAUUAUUAAAGGCUUCCAUAAUAAUGUGAUACUAUGCUGUUGGUACAUCUUGUCCUCUACAGUGUUUCUGUAUUAUUAUAUUGGUCCAUUAGGUGCAUUAUGUGCAAUAUUGCAACCUAGUCUUUUACAUAUAAUAACAUAUACAUGCAGGAAGGAUGUCGCAUGGUUGAUACAUAUUUCAUUUUUAUUUGUAAUACAUGUAUUAAAAAUACCGGAUGGUACUUUUCAAAAUUGGCUGAGAUUCGAUGAUGAGCAGCAUUAUAUUUUGACACUCGCAAUGUGUUGGAUACAUUUAAGGAGUAUUAGUCAUAAUAUGGACAGUAUUAAUGAUCAAUUGCUCAAUUCAAAUAGUUUCGUCCAGAAAUUAGCAUAUUGCUUAUACUUGCCCACAUUAUUUUUAGGGCCACUUAUUUUGUAUCACGACUUUGUGGAAUCUAUUAAUAAACCACACCAAUAUUGGAACUGGCAAAAAUUACAAACUUUUGCAUUAAAUUUAAUUAGAUACAUGUUCUGGUUAUAUUUUACUGAAUUUUUGCUACACUUUAUUUAUGUAAAUGCUAUACAAUACCAUCCUCAGCUUGUACAAAAUUUAAAUCCUUGGGCGCUGUAUGGUUUAGGAUAUUGCAUGGGACAAUUCUUUCUAAAAUAUGUUGUAAUCUAUGGAACUUGUAAUACUUUGUGUAGUUUAGAUAAUGUAAAAGCGCCACCACCACCCAAAUGUAUAGCUAGAAUUCAUUUAUAUUCCGACAUGUGGAAACAUUUUGAUAGAGGUUUAUACAAAUUUCUUAUAAGAUAUAUUUAUAUCCCUAUACGAAAAUCAAAUGGAAAAUUAUUUGCAUCAUUUUUAUGUUUUACUUUUGUUUUUGUAUGGCAUGGAAUACAAAUGAAUAUAUUUAUUUGGUCAAUGUUAAAUUUUAUAGGAGUAACAAUAGAAUUAGGAAUUUUAGUUGGCAAAAGCAAACAAUAUCGCACAAUACAGUCUAUGUAUUUAUCCUCAACAAAUAUUAAGAGAUUUCAUUGUAUAUUAGCAAGCCCUCUUUUAGUUAUGUCAGCUAUAUCUAAUUUUUAUUUUUUUGGAGAUCAAUCAAUUGGUAAUUUUAUAUAUAACAUAAUAUAUGGAUCCUGGAAAACUUUAAUUAUUUUGUUUUUCUUUCUUUAUUGCUGUUGUCAAGUUUCUGUGGAUGUAAAAGAUUGGGAAUUGUCACGGAAAUUAUUAAAAAAUAAUGUAAAAACUGUACAUUAAAUAAAUAUACAUCUAAAUAUACAAAAACUGAUAAAAGAUUAGCAUAGUUUUAAGUACUUUUUAAGUUACAAUUAGUUUUGGAUAUAAUUUAAAAUAUAUAUUAAAAUCUGAUAAUUUCCAUAGAGUAGAGAGUUUAUAAUUUUGAAUUAUUUAAAA